AGGCACGAUACUUUUAUUCUGAAAUACAUCAAGUAACGGAAGUGAAGGCAUUUAUGACGUUUACUGUACCGCAAUAUCUUUCUCUUUCUCGCAUUCUUCUCUUUGACAUAACGUUACCUGUAAAGAGCUUACUCUUUUCGUAUUCUACACUCGUGUGCUAGGAACUUUUGUGACAAGCAAAUAUACACACAUGAUCUUCGUUGGAGAGAUCUCUUAAUUGUGGAAAUGCAUCUCUCAAUGUGGACUCAUUAUUAUUGAAUCAUCACCACUCAACUUCAAUAUGCUAAAGUGUUGGAGUACGAAAUUAGUUUAUAAUAUUAAAGAGUAUUGAGCAAGAUAUAAAAAGCAGUAUAUAAAACAGUAUUAAACAGUGUUUUAGUAUAUAUAUAUAUAUAUAUAUAUACACACACACAGAGAUUGUAUAUCUAAUCAGUUUCAGGCUAUUUUAAAGUUGUAUAUCUAUUUAGUUUUAAGCUAUUUGGAUUCAUUGUAUCUCAAUAAUGUCAAAUGUAUGCGAAUUUGUGCAAAUAAUCCCACAGUGAGAUGAUAGUGAAUGUGCACUUUAUCGCGAGUGAUCAAAGGUGACAACGAUUUUACGAACGAAUCUGGCCUUUCUUCAUUAUCAUAUUCAUGACCUUUGAAUUUUCAUAAACAAACGAGAAUGGGUGUUGGCCUUAAACCAUUGGAGUUUACGGAUUGUUUAACGGACAGUCCAUAUUUUCGCGAAAAUCUUCAUUAUCAUGAGCGCGAAUUGGAAAAGACCAGUCAGCAAAUUAAACGUCUCGUUAAAGAGGUCAAAGAUUUAUUGUUAGCUGCUAAAAAUUUGUCUAGAGCUCAAAGAGCUUUUUCCAAAACAUUACAAAACUUUAGUUUUGAAUGUAUUGGCGAGAGCCAAACUGAAGAUGAAACUCAUAUAUCUCAAAGCUUGAAAGAAUUUGGCAAACUUAUUGCAUCUAUAGAAGAUGAAAGAGAUCGUAUGCUGGGACGAGCACAUGAUCAGAUUAUAUUGCCUCUGGAAAAUUUUAGGAAAGAACAUAUUGGAGGAGUCAAGGAUGGUAAAAAGAAAUUUGAGAAACAGACAAUCAAAUUUUGUCAAAGUCAGGAACGUUACUUAAAUUUAUCUACUAAAAAACAAGACAAUGUUCUACAAGAGGCUGAUGCAACAUUGGAGAUGGCUGAAAGACACUUUUCUCGAGCUAGCCUAGAAUAUGUAUUUCUAUUGCAAGAAGUACAAGAGCGGAAGAAAUUUGAAUUUGUUGAAACGUUAUUGGGAUUUAUGUUUGGGUGGCUGACAUUUUAUCAUCAAGGCCAUGAAGUUGCAAAAGAUUUUAAACCUUAUAUGACAGAGUUACAGUUAAAGAUACAGAAGUCUGCUGUAGAAAGUGGUCUCAAUAAACUGCAUUCGCGUGAAGGCUAUUUAUUCCUGAUGGAAAAAAAAGCCUUUGGUACAACCUGGACAAAACAGUAUUGCACAUAUCAAAAGGACAAGAAAGAGUUUACUAUGAUUCCUUACAAUCAACUCACAGGAAAAUUUAGUAACAAGGAAACCUUCACGUUAGCAUCUUGUAUACGUAGAACAUCGGACACUAUAGAAAAAAGAUUUUGCUUCGACGUUACAGCUAUCGAUAAGCCUAAUAUAACGUAUACAUUCCAAGCGCUCUCGGAAGAAGAUAGAAAGUUAUGGACGGAUGCCAUGGAUGGAAAAGAACCUACUUGCCCACUUUUGGGUUCUUCCGCAAAAUCCGAAGAUACAACAUUGGACGAAAUUGGUUUUACAUUUGUAUCCAAAUGUAUAACGGCACUCGAAGAUAGAGGGCUCGAAGAACAGGGUCUAUAUAGAGUUGUCGGUGUUGCCUCGAAAGUGAACAAACUUCUAACGAUGGGACUUGAUAAGAGGAAAGUAGAUAAGAUCAAUCUAAACGAUCGUUUCGAAUGGGAAAGCAAAACUAUUACCAGCGCACUUAAGACAUACUUAAGAACAUUAUCAGAGCCGUUGAUGACUUUCCGAUACUACAAUAGCUUCAUUACAGCUGCGAAACAGGAAACAAAGGAAACUAGGAUAAAUGAUAUACACAACCUUGUUUAUCGACUACCCAAGGCCAACUUCAAUAUGCUGAUUCUCCUUAUCACACAUCUUUGCACUGUAGCCAAAAAAAGUGAUAAAAAUCUAAUGACCGUGGGAAACUUGGCAGUAUGUUUCGGUCCAACUCUACUACGACCAGAAGAAGAAACUGUGGCUUCCAUAAUAGAUAUUAAAUUUCACAAUAUUGUAGUAGAGAUAUUGAUCGAGAAUUGUGAAAGAAUCGUAGCUGGAUCCCCGCAAGAAUCUUUGCGCACAGUGGGGGCACAGCCGCCGAUUCAAACCACUGUUGUUAUUCCAAGUAAAUCGCAACGUGUCAAAGUUCAAGAGGAUAUUCCGACUUCUUCUUCCGGUAAUGGCACGGCAUUUUUGAGAUAUCCGCUACAUACGGCAAUAUCACUCACACCUACGUCGUCCCAAACGCAUCUUGUUACAAAAUCCUACUAUGAUGGGCAGCCAUUAACGGUGGUUAACAAGACACCCAUCAUCGACGAAAGAAGCAACGGAGAUUACGAAGACCUCGAGAACACAAGCCAUCGUAUGCCAUUAUAUGUGGAUAGUCGUAGCGGCGGUGGCGGUGGUAGUGGCAGUCGCAUAAAAUUGACUAAUGCGAACCUAAUGUAUCAUUCAGCCGACAAAGUUUUGAGCGGUGGCAAUACAAGUAGUUCGAGUGAAUCGAUCGCGUCGGAUCCUCAUCCAUUUACAGGCGAAUUACCAGUGAAGCAGAAGCGCAGCGGCAUGAUGUCCGUACAUUAUCCCACCGCUUACUCUCAGCGCAGUAACUCGUCGUCAUGUCCUGUUAAUACUUCGCCUGGUAAUGGACGUUCGAGUCCCAGUCAAACACCUGGGAUUUGGAGAGUACGAACUUUAUACGCGUGUAUGGCGGAAAACGACGGCGAAUUAUCAUUUGAACCAAAUCAAAUUAUUACAAAUGUUAAGGACUCUUGGGAGCCAGGUUGGCUGGAAGGUACGUUAAAUGGCAAAACGGGAUUGGUACCGAAAAAUUAUGUCGAACAACUGCCCUAA